AGGGCGUCGCCCCGUCGCCUGUUCAGUCUCCCUCCCAGCUUGUGAUAGCUAGUUUAUAGAGCUGAAAGCACCCAACCUCAACAGUUCAUUUGUUUUCUUUUUCAAAUGUUACUAAGCAAGUCCAGUUUUUCUAGUUGAAAUCUGCCCCAUCUUGUCACCAUCUCUCUACCACUCAGCGUUUGGAAAAAUCUAGCGGUUAUUAGUUGCCUAGGCAACACAUAGUCCAUACCUGGAACCUGACAGCAACCAACCUAUUCUAUAAAUUAAUGCCCUUUGUUUCCCCACCCCAUUCCCAGGGGAUUAAAACGGUGUUUUUCUUGAGAGAGAGUCCUUUCAGCAGAACUGUUCAUUCUCUCACAGGAUUUUGACAAGUGUGUAAAAUACAUCUUAGAAUCUUAAACCAUAGAGCUGAGAGUGGCCUUGUCUAAAGUCCAAUUCACUUAAUUUUACAGGUGAAGAUACCAGGCCUAGAGAGCAAAAUGCUUGAUCAAGUCCUGCUCUUCUCUAUAGCUGGACUUUAAGGCUGAGGACACCUUGGUCAUUGCAGUCUACCAUACUGGAACUGUGGCUUCAGUCAGUGGAGUUCUCAAGCUUAUUGAAAAAGGAGAUUACCAGUGUGUGAUGGUUCUGAAAUAGUGGAGGUAGUGCGUUUCUAAGUGAGACAGGCUGCCUGUGAUGUACAGUGAAGCCAGAAACCCAUGCCUCUUUCCACCCUCCCCCCUCAAAUGUUGGCCUUAUGUCUGUGAGAGUAACAGACAUUGUGGCAUUGGUUGUCUGCUUAGUUUAAGGCAUCAAAGUUUGUUUAGCAGUUUGCACAUUUAGUAAGGGUAAACUGAUAAUCUGUUAUCAGAAUAUUAACGUGAUAGACAUGAAAUAAGUUGGUCCUAAUGGCUGGAAAACAUCAAGGGCUGGUCAGCAAGAUAGCAAGAAGGGACCCUGCAGACCUAUCCUAUUCGAGUGUCUUUUGGAUAUAGUGCAGGUAGAUUUUGCCCAGUUAUGGUUGGUGUUUAUUGAGUGCCUUCAGCAGACCAAUUAUUAUAAUAUAGGACAUAUAUCACCUAAUUUCAUGGACGAAUUUUGGAUUUUUACUAAAGGGAAGGUAGUACUGUCAUGUUACAAGCCUGUAGAAAUACUCAGAGAUUUACCUGACUACACUGAUGUAGUCAUUUCCAGAGGAGUUUAAGCCUAGAUCACUUAUCUUCCGAGCCUAGUCAGUGCUCUUUUGCAUUAUAUCUUGCUCCCACUUCAAGCCGGGAAAGGGAUGAGAGAAUCGCCUGUGGCCUAUUUAUUGGCGCCUGUGGUUGCCCAGAGAGGCCAACUAGGACUUUCAGCUGCCCUCUUUGCCUUAGAAAGUGGAGCUAUGUGCUUCCACCCUAUCUCUUGAGGGGAAUGCAAAGGAGCCAGGCUGUCUAGCUGGGGAGGAGGGGCCCAAGUGCCUUGGCUGUGAAAUAUCCUGGCCAGGCUGUGCUGGGAAAUCUUGCAUAAUGCCCUCCCUACCACUGAACCCAAGUGAUUUAUUUGCUAUAGUCGGUAGGUGGUACUUGACCAACUUGUCCAUUUUGGUAAUAACAGGACCAGAAAAGAGGGGUUUUAUAUUAUUGCAGAUUCCCACCCCCCUCCUUGUUUUAAAAAAGUAGUGCAGGUGUCCUUAUCUUGAGAAAGUAUAAAGUACUUCUGCACCACUUCCUGUGCCCCCUUCCUGCCUGUUUAUUCCCCAGAGCAUAUGAACUUCAAUCUUGUAAGAGGGAAAGGUGAAGAAAAUACUGCUUCAGUUUAGUCACCAGCACAGCGUAUGGCAUCAGACCUGCCUUUUGAUCUCUAUAGAUUUGCUAGUUUAUAGAACUGAAAGCACCCAACCUCAACAGUUCAUUUGUUUUCUUUUUCAAAUGUUACUAUGCCCCAAGUUAAAAUUUUUUUUUCAUGUAAAAUAAAAAUGAAAGAUACAUUAGUUACAGGGAGGAUUAACAGAUAAUGCACAUAGGUCACUUAGCACAAGUCCUCAAACAGUUGCAUAUUGUAAUAACUAACCAGUGGAAUUAACCAAAAUAUUAUUCUUCCUGGAAAAGGGAAAGUGUUGCCACUUGCACCUGUGUAGGGAAAAUGUCAGGAGAAAAGGCCAACGUCAAUUUCAGCAUUAUUAACUGACCCCUUUACUUACACUUCUGCUUUCUCUUUGCUAGCCAGAAGCUGUCAUCUUCUCCUCCCCAGAAAAAAGUGUUCAAAGUAUUGUUAGUUAUUUUUGAAAUUUUUAAAAUUCAUUUCUUCCCUGGUUACAGACCGGUCAUACAUGAAUGCUUUAUUGCUUCUUAAAAGCUGUAGACACUAGAAGCAAAGGAUUCCAUUAGCCUAUGUGGAUAGUACAUUCGUGGAACUGUAAUUGCCUGACAAAGUUAGUGCUGGCUCAUUACAUAUUGAAGUUAUAAUCACUUGUGUGUACUGUAUUCUAGAUCUGUACCAGCAUUGCUAUUUUUAGACUUUGGCCUAUUCUUUAAGUAUCUUCUGUUUUUUAGCAGAAAUUCGAUCUUUUAUUUUUCUCAAUGGCCUCAGAAGAUCUUUCCUUAAUAGGGUUCAGAUUUUUUAAAAAAAUGUAUGAACAAUUUGUACUCAUUGUUGAUAGUAUUCUUGUUGGUUUUACCAGACAUCCCACAGUGUUGGUUAGAUGGGGGUAAGAGAUGGAGAAGGCUGGCAGUGUCUGCCAGCUGGCAGGCGGCCCCACACUAAUGUUUCCCUGUUUUGUUAAAGGUUUCUAGAGCAUAACUGCUCUUCCUGUAUCAUCUACCACUUCUACUUCUCUCUAAUAUUCUUUGUAAAUUUUCAUAAAUAGAUAUCUAGAAUUUAUGGCAGAGUUUGUCUCCGAAAGCAUUUUCAGAUUUGGAAUUUCUGAAUUUUUAGAGACUGAAAUGUAAUGGAAUAUGAAACUAAAUUGUUUUUCCUAAAUAUUUCUUUAAAAGUUAGAAUAUAAUUUGUACCUCUCCACUAGUUUAGGAGCGCUGUUUUUUGUUUUUUGGCUCCUGGGAAUCGAACUGCACUUUCGAGGCAGGCACUUAUGCCAUUGAGCAAGCCCCUGCUUUUAUGUUUUAAUUUGGCCUUUUUUUUAAAGUUUAAAGUUACAGUUAGAAUUAUUGUUGAUGUUUGUUCGUUUAAUUCCCACACUUAGUAUACCUCUUGUGAAAUUGUUUUUUUGUAAAUGCUAGCAUAACAUCGUUCCAUUUUAAUUUGAACUAAUCCAGAGGUGGUAUACCCUACAAAGUAAGUUUUUUGACACCUCUUAAAUAUCAGUGUAACUUUAGGGUGUGAAUUGCUCUCUUGGAUUUUCUUGGUUUCCUGUUCUAAGGCACUGGUUCUUAACUGAGGCUUCAUGUCAGAGUCUUCUGAGAAGCUCUGUAAAAAGGACUUCGAGGGCUGUUUGGGUUAGUUUGGGUGGAACUCCAUUAUCAAUACAGGUCUACAUAGAAGGCGUUACAGUAGUCAGUGAUAACAAUAUUGGAGUGACAGACCCCAAAUGCUGUUUCAGGAUCAAACAAGUUCUAUAAACAGUGAUUCUUAUCCCUAUUUACUGUAAUCAGAUAUCAUAUCUCCAGUCAUCUGAAAAUGCCAUUCAUUAAAAUGAAUGGCAAAUGAAAUCAGCAGGUUCAGAUCAGCCCAGUGUGGUGGGUGGUACACACCUAUAAUCCCAGAACCGUGGGAGGCUGAGGCAAGAGCAUGAAAAUUUGAGACCACCUGCACAAAUUAGUGACUGAGCAAGACCCUGUCUCAAAAUAAAAAAAGGAGCUGGGGAUUUAGCUCAGCAGCAUAAGUGCCUCCCUGGCAAGGGCAAGGUCAUGAGUUUCAUCCCUGGUACAAAAAAUUUUUAAAAAAUAAAUAAAAAGAGGAAUGUAACUUGGUGCAAAGGCCCUGAGUUCAACCCCCAAUCCUGCAAAAAUAAAUAGGAUUGCAGAAUAAAAAACAAUGCCGCUCUCUGGCUUGUUUUUGAAGAUACAGUUUAAAAAAUAUGUUCAAGGGGCUGAGGAUUUAGCUCAGCAGGCAUAAGUGCCUUCCUGGCAAGCAGGAGAUUGUGAGUUCAAUCCUGGGUACAAAAAAAAUAUAUAUUAUAUAGAUAGAUGUUUUAAGUUUUGCAUUUUAAAUUUAUAUGAUAUAAACAUCUACAUAAACAUGUUUUUUAUAAUUCUUAAUACUUUUAUUAUUAUUAGCAUUAACAGUAUAAAAUAAUGAGUUUCAUUAUGACCCUUUCAUAUAUGCAUGUAAUAUACUUUGUGUCUAUCCCUUAAUACUUUUUAAGAGUGUAGCUGGAUUUUGAGACCAAAACUUUUUAGAAUGGUACAUAGAAAUGGCCAAUUAAGGAGCUGGGGAUUCGGCUCCGUGGCGUAAGUGCCUGCCUGGCAGGUGUGAGGUCAUGAGUUUGAUCCCCGGUACCAAAAAAAAAAAAAGAAAAGAAAUGGUUGAUUAAGAGUAACAGCUGUUUGCUGUACACCUCACACUGCUAAACAUUUUAUACUUGGGUGAUCUUAUUUCCAGUAUAGUCUUUUUAUUUUCACUUCACAUGUGAAAAAACUGAAACUUAUAUUUAAGGUCAUGUAGAGAAAUGGUAAACAAUCAAUAAUUACUAUCAUAUAACUAGUCCUAUAAUUGGUAUUAUUUGAACAAGGCCAGUGAUUUCUAGUAACUUGUAAAAUAUAAUGUUGUACCUCCUAAUCUAUGUUGAGGUGUUACUUCAGAAGAUUAUGUUAACUUUAUAAUUUAAAAAGGUUAUGUUGUAAUUUGUUGCAAUUUUUUGUUGACCUGUGUAUAGUGAGAAUUCAUUUCUAAUACACUAAAAGGAUGCAGUGGUGGAAUGAAAACAAAAAAAUAAAGGCUGAAUAGUUUCUAUUGGGACAGUUCUGCAGAUUAAAAGAUACAAAUUUAGGCUAGGCAUGGAGGCUCAUGUCUGUAAUCCUAGCACUUGAGAGGCUGAGGCAGGAGGAUCACCACGAGUUUGAGGCCAGCCUAGCUAAGUAGUAAAUUCAAGGCAGUCUAGACCACAUAGUGAGGUCUAGUCUCAAAAACUUAAAGAAAAAAAGUAUAACUAUGAAAGAAAAAGUCUAAAACAUUAUCAGAUGGUCGUCAAGAGUGAAUAGAAGCUUGGUGUGCUCUAUAACUGAAAAGGGGAUAGCAGUGGAUACAUUUUCAUUUUUAUGGCUUUUAGCCUGAAGGAAGGCUCCAGUUGGUGAUCCAUGGGGUUCAAGCUGCGAUAAAAACUUGUGAUCUUGUUCUCUUGUAGGAAAGAAGCCAAAGCUCAGGUGACCAUGCAGCUUGAAAGUGAGAGCGGAAACCCUAGAACAACCCCAGAUGCUGGGGUGACAGCCCCAAAUGCUGUGUAUAAGAUUUUCUUGAAUCUCUUGCAAACUCCUAAACUGUAUAUGUGUGUAGAGCAGCCCCCUAACAGCACAUCUAAGGCUCAAAAACUGAGCAGACCUUUCAGUUACUGCCAAUAUUUAAGAGAUAGAAGUUGAAGUCCAGGCUAGUUAAUUAUCUGCAAAAACAACAUCACCUUUUUGGAGAACUAUUACGGACCCUAGAGUCCACUGAUUCAUUAGUUUGUUGAGAUAUACUCUAAAAUGAUUAGACAUAAAAAGGUGGGGGGGCAUCAUCACCCUGAUCAAUGGAGAUUUACCGCACAAUUACCCAAAUAUUAGACUUGGCAGAGAAGAUUUAAAACAGGUCUUUUAUCUUAGUACUGAGGAUUGAAUCCAGAGCCUUUGCACUGACCUAUAUGCCCAGGCCUUUUUGAUCUAAAUUAUAAAUUGAGCAGGCUGGGUUUGAACUUUCCUGCCUCAGCAGAAUGCUGGGAUUAUGGGCAUGUAUUACAUGCCCUUUUUUUAGGGGCUGGUGAUGGGGUUUGAAACAAGGUCUUGAUCUAUAAUUCAGGUUGGACUUGAACUCGCUAAAGUAGCCCCGACUAACCUCAAACUCUCAGUAUUCUGCCUCAGCUUCCUGAGUGCUAGGAUUACAGACAUGUACCACCACACCUGGCCCUACAUGCACCUUUUAAAACAGGUAUUGUAGCCAUGCCCAAGGAUGUAAAGUGAGCGGGGUAUAGUGGUGAUGCCUAUAAUCACAGCAGUACAAGGCAGGAUUGCAAUUUCAGGGCCAGCUGGGCAACUUAGUGACUUAGUGAGAGCCUGUCUCAAGAAAACAAAAAGAGCUGGAUGUAGUUCAGUGUGUGAAAGCUCUGAGUGAUGAACAACAACAAAAAAAGGGGUAGAAAAUGAGGUUGUAAGUAAAUAGAAAAUUCCAUCAGAGCAAUAAGACUUCAAAACAAGGGAUGAAAUGAAAAUUUUAGGGGCUGGGGAUUUAGCUCAGCGGCAUAAGCGUCUGCCUUGCAAGCAGGCGGUCGUGAGUUUGAUUCCUGGUACUAAUUAAAAAAAAAAAAGGAAAAAAAGAAAUGAAAAUUUUAGACUUGAAAAUACAAUAUCUGAUUUUUUAAAAUUGCACUGUAUGAUUUAACUAAUUUGAAAUGACAGAUGAGUCUGUGAACUUGAAGGUAAACUAGAAGUUAUCUAAUCUGAAACAGAGAAAACAUACAGAAGUUCAUUUCAGAGUCUGUGUAUGAGAACUGUUAUUCCAGGUAUCUUCCAAGUCCUACACUUACCCCUUUCCUUUACUUAAAGACUGACAUCACAGCUUGUAAAUUAAUGCCCUCCAGAGGGGUACUCAGAAGUACUCUCCUCCCCUCCAUCCUGUUUCUCCUACCCCCGAGAGACAGUGUGAGCCCCUGUUCAGCACAGCUGACUGCCUCCUCUGACCUGCAGCCGCCCCGGCGCCCUUUGUUCUCUGCCCACUCUUCACAGCCUCUGCUUCCUGCUGUCCCCAUGUAGUGGAUUACUUACCCUUGCUACUUUCCUGAACUCAGAGGUCACCGGGACUCUUGAUCAUCACACUUAAAGGCGUGGUGGUGCACGCCUAUAAUCCCAGCACUCAGGAGGCUGAGGCAGGAGGAUCACUCUUGAGUUCGAGGCCAGCCUGGGCUACAAAGUGAGUUCAACACCAGCCUGAACUGCAUAGGCCACAAUGGAUACUGCUGGUCACAGCCUUGUCCUUUUACAGCAGCUAAACAUGCAGCGAGAAUUCGGUUUUCUGUGUGAUUGUACAGUUGCUAUUGGAGAUGUUUACUUCAAAGCCCAUAGAGCAGUACUUGCUGCUUUUUCUAACUAUUUCAAGAUGAUAUUUAUUCACCAAACAAGUGAGUGCAUAAAAAUACAGCCAACUGACAUCCAGCCUGACAUAUUCAGCUAUUUGCUGCAUAUCAUGUACACGGGGAAAGGGCCAAAGCAGAGUGUGGAUCACAGUCGUUUGGAGGAAGGGAUUCGAUUUCUUCACGCUGACUACCUUUCUCACAUUGCAACUGAAGUGAACCAAGUGUUUUCACCAGAGACUGUGCAGUCCUCAAAUUUGUAUGGCAUUCAGAUCUCAACAACACAAAAAACAGCUGUCAAACAAAGUCUGGAGGUCAAAGGAACGCCUUCCACUAGCAGUGGAAACAGAGCAGCCAUCCAGGGUGACCACCCCCAGUUGCAGCUUUCUCUUGCUAUUGGGCUUGAUGAUGGCACUGCGGACCAGCAGAGGGCGCAUCCCGCUGCCCAGGCCUUGGAGGAGCACCAGGAGCCGACAGUGUCCAUCAAGCAGGAAAGGUGUGACUCAGAACCUGUGACGUCCCAGAGCAACCCCUUGCCCUCAUCAGAGGCAACAGACCCCUCUUUUAUAGAAAACGGUAUCAAAAGACACUUGUGUCAUUACUGUGGAGAACGUUUUGAUUGCCAUAGUAACUUAAGACAACAUCUCCAUACCCAUGUGUCUGGAUCCCUCCCAUUUGGUGUCCCUGCUUCCAUCCUGGAAAGCAAUGACCUUGGCGAAGUCCAUCCACUCCAUGAAAACAGUGAGGCUCUCGAAUGCCACAAGCUUAACUCCUUCCUUGUCAAGGAGGAUGAACAGCAGCCUGACCGCUCGAACUGGAGAACCACAGAGGCUUUGCAAGUCAGCCAGGUGUCUCUGAUCUCCAAAGACACAGAACCUGUGGAAUUAAACUGUAACUUUUCCUUUUCAAGGAAAAGAAAAAUCAUUUGUACCAUUUGUGGUCAUAAAUUUCUUCGUAAGAGCCAGUUGCUGGAACACAUGUAUACACACAAAGGUAAAUCUUACAGAUACAGCCGCUGUCAAAGGUUUGGUAAUGCCCUGGCCCAGAGAUUUCAGCCGUAUUGUGACAGCUGGGCUGACAUUCCAGUGAAAACUUCUCGCUUGUCACAAGAACGCUUAGAUUUGCCUUGUGCCUUAGAGUCAGAGCUCACACAAGAAAAUGUAGACACUAUCCUAGUUGAAUAGCAGCAGCAGCUUCAGAGUUUUUAUACUAAUUCUAAAAAAAAAAGACGUUUUUUAUUUAUAAAUUAUUUUCCUCAAGUGUUACUGACUUUUUUCUUACCAGUUCUCCACAGUUUUAAGGUUGUGUAUAUUAGGUCUUCUUCCUGUGAGAUGUGUUAGUUAAUAAAUGGCUAUUAAAACCUUCA